AUGGUGGUGAAUAAAGUUUCACACGAAGUAAGUGGGCAGCCAUCACCAAACAUUGAAUCAACCAAGGAGAAUCAAUCUUUGAAAGGUUAUGAUAAAAAAUUCCAUGGUGCAAAAAAAGAUAUUCAUAUUUGUAUUUCAGAGAAAGCUUUUCAAAUGCUUCUUUAUACUCCUUACGAAGAUGCUGGCUGA